AUGCUGUUCUCCAGAGCCACCACUCUCCUGGCAAGCACCCUAGCUACCUUUGGUGCCGUGGCCAAUGCAAAGGACAUCGAACUCGAUUGGACUGUACGCUGGAAGACUGUCAACCCGGACGGAUUGAAGGAGCGCCAGGUCGUUUCGAUCAAUGACCAGUUCCCGCUCCCCGUUCUCCGUGGCAACAAAGGUGACCGCAUGAUCAUCACCGUCCACAAUCAGCUCGAGAAUCCUGUCCGUAACUCUUCCAUUCAUUUCCAUGGUAUGUACCAGAACCAUACCAACCAUAUGGACGGCCCUCCUAAUGUGUGUCAGUGCGAUUCGCCUCCUAAUAGUAGCUUUGUCUACAACUUCACCCUCGACCAGGACGGUACUUACUGGUACCAUACCCACACUUCGGAGUCCUACCCUGAUGGUUACCGUCAGAUUAUGCUCAUUGACGAAGACGAGCCUCCUUUCGAGUACGACGAGGAGCUUUCUUUCACCAUGUCCGACUGGUACCAUGAGCUGAACGAGAUCAUCACUAAAGAUGACUUCUUGACCUUGUACAACCCCACAGGUGCUGAGCCCGUCCCUCAAUCUUUGCUCAUUAACGAUACUAUCCAGCCCAAGUUCCUUGUCAAGCCCAACACCACUUAUCGCUUGCGUAUCGCCAACACUGGUGCGUUCUCUGGGUUCAUUUUCUAUAUCACUGGCCACAACUUUACCAUUGUCGAAGCUGAUGGUGUUUACACUGACCCUGCGGAGGCCUCCAGUGUUUAUAUUGCCGCGGCCCAGCGUUACUCUGUCCUCUUCACCACGGGCCCUGACACCAACACCUCCUAUCAGUUCGUUCAGGUCGCUGAUUCUUCCUUGUACGAUGUUAUUCCUGAUGACUUGCGUCUCAACAACACCGCUUGGUUCGUCACCGACGAGACUGCUGAGUGUUCUGACCUCAGCCGUGAGGAUAUCUACAACAACAAGGAUCUCUGGAAGGAUCCCACUGAGGACAUCGCUCUGGACGAUUUCACAUCAGAGGACAUCGCCUACUUUGACGAUUUCACGCUUGUGCCCUCCGAUCACAUGCCUCUGCUCCCCGAUCCUGACCAGGAGUUCACUGUCAAGGUUGUUUUGACCAACUUGUUGGAUGGUGUUAACUACGCUUUCUUCAACGACAUCACUUACACUCACGCAAAGGUCCCUACUUUGUACACUGUGAUUAGCGCCCCUGAUGACGAAACCGCUAGCAAUGGUACUAUUUACGGUGCCGACACCCACCCCUACGUUCUUGAGCAUUUGAACGUUGUUCAGCUUGUCUUGAACAACUUCGAUAGUGGUUCUCAUCCUUUCCAUUUGCACGGCCAUCACUUCCAGGCUAUCGUUCGUGCUGAGUCGCUUGGUGGCAGUGACAGUGACUACUACCCUUACGAUCCGUCCACUCAGAACGUCACGUUCCCUGAGUUCCCUAUGCGUCGUGAUACUUUGGUUGUCAAGCCCUAUUCUCACUUUGUCAUUCGUUGGGUCGCAGAUAACCCCGGUGUCUGGUUCUUCCAUUGCCAUAUUGAGUGGCAUUUGACCCAGGGUCUUGCCUUGUUGUUCGUCGAAGCACCUACCCAGAUGCGUCAGAUUUACACCAAUAUCAUUCCUCAAUCCCAUUGGGAUUCUUGUACUGCUAACCAGGUGCCCGUUAAGGGUAACGCUGCGGCAAACACCGAGAACUUCUUCGACCUUAAUGGCCAGAACAUGCAGCAGAAGGACCUGCCCGCAGGAUUCACGGCUCGCGGUAUCGUUGCCUUGGUAUUCAGCUGUGUCUGCGCCUUUGUUGGUAUGGGCUUCCUUAUCUGGUACGGUCUUUCUGACACUCCCGACCAGCUCGCUGCUGAGGCUGAGCACUUUGUGCACGAUGAAGAGGUUCCUUCCGAGAAUGACAUCGAUAACCAGUCUGACUUGAACGACCAGCCUUUCCGGAACGAGCGCGGCAAGCGUUUCACCGACCGUCUGCGCCGUCCAUUCGGCCACCGUUCUUCCGACGACAACUAA